AUGCGCUACUCGUACAGCUUGCUGGGCCUCAGCGCCCUGGCGAUGGCCAGCGAUGUCGUCGAUCUCGGAAAGGACAGCUUCGAGCCGUUCGUCAAGGAGCACGAGCUUGUGCUCGCGGAGUUCUUCGCUCCCUGGUGCGGACACUGCAAGGCCCUCGCCCCCGAGUACGAAGAAGCCGCCACGACGCUCAAAGAGAAGGACAUCGCGCUCGCCAAGAUCGACUGCACCGCCGAGUCAGAACUCUGCCAGAGCUACGGCGUCGAGGGCUACCCCACCCUCAAGGUCUUCCGCGGCACCGAGAACAUCUCCCCUUACUCGGGCGCGCGGAAAGCAGACGCCAUUGUCUCGUACAUGACCAAGCAGUCCAUGCCCUCCGUCUCCCUCCUCACCACCUCCUCCGCCCUCGACGAGUUCAAGACCGCAGACAAGGUGGUUCUCGUGGCUUUCUUCGCCGCGGAUGACAAGACUUCGAACGCUACGUAUCAAGAGGUGGCCGACGCUCAGAGGGAUAACUACCUCUUCGCUGCUACCAACGAUGCCGACUUGGCCAAGGCCGAGGCUGUCAAGCAGCCGGCCGUUGUUCUGUACAAGUCUUUCGAUGAGGGCAAGAACGAGUUCAACGAGAAGUUCGACAAGGACGCUAUCGUUGAGUUCGCAAAGACCGCCGCUACUCCUCUGAUUGGCGAGGUUGGCCCUGAGACCUACGCUGGCUACAUGGCCGCUGGUAUCCCUCUCGCAUACAUCUUCUCCGAGUCCGCCGAGGAGCGUGAGCAACUCAGCAAGGACCUCAAGCCAAUCGCCGAAAAGUACAAGGGCAAGGUCAACUUUGCCACCAUCGACGCCAGCUCUUUCGGCCAACACGCCGGCAACCUCAACCUCGAAGUUGGCAAGUGGCCAGCUUUCGCUAUCCAGGACACCUCCAAGAACCAGAAGUUCCCCUACGCCGAGGCCGGUGAUGUCAAGUCGCUCACUGAGAAGAAGAUUGGCAAAUUCGUCGGAGACUUCGUUGACGGCAAGGUCGAGCCAAGCAUCAAGAGCGAGCCAAUUCCAGAGAAGCAAGAGGGCCCAGUCACCGUCGUUGUGGCUAAGAACUACCAGGAUGUCGUGAUCGACAACGAGAAGGACGUUCUCCUCGAAUUCUACGCUCCAUGGUGCGGACACUGCAAGGCCCUCGCUCCCAAGUACGACGAGCUCGCCGGUCUCUACAAGGAUCACGCCGACAAGGUCGUUGUCGCCAAGGUUGAUGCCACCGCCAACGACGUCCCAGAUGAGAUCCAGGGCUUCCCCACCAUCAAGCUGUUCCGCGCUGGCGAGAAGGGCGAGCCAGUCGAGUACUCUGGCGGCCGCACCGUCGAGGACCUCGCCAACUUCAUCCGUGACAACGGCUCGCACCACAUCGACGCUUACACCGAGGCCGCCGAAAGCUCCGAGGGUGUCGACACCAGCGGCAUGCCCGAGCAAGCCGCCGCCGCGACCGAGGGCGUCAAGGAGAAGAUCAAGAACGCCGCCGAGGCGGUCAAGGAGGCCGUCACUGGUGAUGAGGAUGACUACGCCGGUGUCCACGAUGAACUCUAG